UUUUUUUUUGGACCGAACAAACAAACAAACAAACCCGCUCCCCCUCCCGCCCCGUUCCCCCCCUCCCCACUCCCGCCCCGCACACACGCCUGCCUCUGGGAGGGAAAUAGCCAGGUGGAAUCUCACUCUGUUUCCAUGGACAACCCGUCCAUUAUCACCCAGGUGACUAACCCCAAAGAGGAGGAGAUCCUGUCCUGCACUCAGGAUAAAGUGUCCCAAUGUAAUAUCAGCUUGAAGAAGCAGAGGAGUCGAAGUAUCUUUAGCACCUUAUUCUGCUGCUUUCGUGACUACAAUGUCGAACCACCAUCUACCAAUAGCACCAGUGCUCUGCCUCCUUUGGUGGAGGAGAAUGGAGGACUUCAGAAGGGUGACCAGAUGCAGGUCAUGCCUAUACCAAGUGGAAUAUACUAUUUCCACGGGACUGAAGCAGUGCAGCAGUCGUUUCACUACAAGCCACCAGCUAAAUACCUCCUGCCAGAACUGACAGCAUCAGACUAUGGGAAGAAGUGUGUGGUCAUUGAUUUAGAUGAAACUUUAGUGCACAGUUCAUUUAAGCCAAUUAGCAAUGCCGAUUUCAUCGUUCCUGUCGAAAUCGAUGGAACCAUACAUCAGGUUUAUGUUUUGAAACGACCACAUGUGGAUGAGUUUCUUCAGAGGAUGGGAGAGCUCUUUGAAUGUGUACUCUUCACAGCCAGUCUAGCCAAGUAUGCAGACCCAGUGGCCGACUUACUGGAUCGCUGGGGUGUGUUCAGGGCAAGGCUCUUUAGAGAAUCCUGUGUUUUCCACCGAGGAAAUUAUGUGAAGGAUCUGAGUCGACUGGGACGUGAGCUGAGUAAAGUUAUUAUAGUAGAUAAUUCUCCUGCAUCUUACAUCUUCCAUCCUGAAAAUGCAGUGCCUGUGCAGUCCUGGUUUGAUGACAUGACAGACACAGAGCUGCUAGAUCUUAUUCCUUUCUUUGAAGGACUAAGCAAAGAGGAAGAAGUUUACAGUAUGCUUCAUAAACUCUGCAACAGGUAGCCCUUAACUUUGACUGACUUCUGCUACUAGAUUGCAGUUGCUAGAGGCUGUCUCCAUCUUUUUCAGCUCUUUCAAAUGUAAGCUUUGGGGAGGUCACCCCUGUCAGAAGUGCUACUCUUGAUCUUCCUGUUACAUUGGACACGAAGGACAAUCAUGAGUGAUGCUCUUAAGCCUUCAGAAGCCUGACUCCUAAGGUCAUGUGUUCAGACUACUUUUUUAAAGGAAAAAAAAAAAAAAAAAGAAGCUAUUUUAAAUGGGACUCUUUUAAUUAAUUUCAUAAAUGGACAUCUUUUACUGGAUCAGCUUUUCUUAAAACAUGCCAAAAAAAAAAAAAAGAAGCUUGUAUUUCAGCAGUUGAAUUUCUCUCCCUUUCUUCCCCUCCCACUAUGCAGACAAUUUUACCCCCCUGCUUAGAGCAGUUGACCUGACUCUGAAUUUUUUCUUACAGAAUGAAGUGCCUUUUUGAAUGUUAUUUUAAAGAUAAAAAAAUUCAUUUUUGUAUAAGACGUAUUUCCAGACAUCUUUUAGUCUUGUAUUGUCUAAAUGCUUUAAAAAGGAAAAAGGAAAAAAAUUUUAUAGAGCACUGUAAUAUAUAACAGAGGAAAAAAGUUGAAACCAGGAUGCUGGGUUCCUGUCUCCACGACGACAUUUAAGUUGCAUUACAUUUUGUCACGCUCGGAAGGUUCAGGCGUUUCGUGGGAGGGGUGAGUUGGGUUCAUUACCUGGUUGUUUCGCUGAUGAUGAUUUUGGGCGCGGUUUGGAACAUAUCUGCAGUUGUUUGAGCGUUAGGGAAUGGUGGAAUUGAGGAAACAAGGUGGCUGAUAGACCUAAAGCACCUUCUCUUGUAGACAGAUGAAGUUCUGUUGUCUCCGCUUACGCACAACUGCCAUUGCCUCUCGAUUUUUGGAAAACCAUUACCUUGGGAGAGCGAGGAGGAGGAGCUCUAUUUAUUAGUUUAAGGUUCUUUUCUCUAAAAAAAAAAACCCGUCUGGGUAAGCUGGAUCUGUGUUGAGCUGUUUGGAGUUCUUUUUUUUUUCUUUUAAUUGCUGCUACUGUAUACUCACCAAAUGGAGUUUGACCAUCGGCUGUUAUACUGUUUUUGCCACUGUGCCUGUGCUAUGGAACAUUUUCUGUAAGCUGCAAACUUGGGCAAUAAAUAAAAUGCAGGCUUCAUAACCCACCCCCAUGGAUUAAUCCAAUGGUAUCUGAAAUACCAGAGAGCUCAGUUAAAGGUGACCUGUAAAGGAUAUAUUUUUUUAAUUUUUUUUUUUUUUUUCAAUUGGGAUGAAACCUUCUCCUCUCUUUGGUAUAUAAAAAUGCAAAAAAAGCAUUUUGCUCACAUCUCUGAUUUGUAUUUCUUUUUCUCCCAGGCUGUAAGGUACAGACUGGGAGGUGUAUCAAGCUUUGCUAGAAGGGCACAAGUUACUAGCCUAGACUAAAAUCUCUCCUCUGGCUCUGGAGUUGAGUUAGAUUGAUCUCUUGAGUCUGAGAACCUGCUCAGCAUCUUCUGCAGUGUCAGAGGUGCUUUUUCAAUUGAAUAACUUUUAAAUAUUUUAAGCCUUUGAAGAAAAAGGCACACCUUUUCUUUUUUACUUUUUCUCCCCCUUUCCAGUGUCACCUUUUAAUUAUCCUCCACCCCAGAAAUCUGCCAACAUAAAAAGUGCAGCUGCGUUUGGCUGUCAUCAGAGAAGACUAAAUGGACUAUUUGGUGCUUCUAAUUAGCCUCGUGCUAAAUUCUGAAUUGUAGAUCCCCCUUUGCCUUUUCUAUUUCUCUCGAAAAGUCUUGAAGACUUGGGGGGGGAAAAAAAAGAAAAAAAAAAAAGACAAAACCAACUUUUUUUGGCGAUGGACUCGGCUCGUGAUCCUCGUCUAAAACCAUUGGUGAAGCAGCUUAACAACGUUCCCAGAAGGGCAGGCAGUGAGUAGGUUGUAGGUACAGUGUAAAAGUGAGCAGCUGUGCUCCAGCUGGGGCUGCUCCCAGGGGUGUUUGGAGGCAGUCCCAUCACACUCUGUGUGAGUCUGUACGGCAUCACCGUUUUGUUUCUUAACCAGCUGGCAUUACCUUAGUACUGUACAAUUCUGUGCCACAACAAAAGACGAAACUGUCAAACCUAAAAUCUGAAAAACAAACAAAAAACCCAACAAAAAAAGCCUACUUUGUUUAAAAAAAAAAAAAAAAAGGAAAAGACAAAAAAAAAAAAGAAAAAGAGAGACGUAUGGAUUCUGGUUAGUCCAUUAACGUUCACUUUUCGGUUUAAGAUUGUUUAAUUUUUGUAUUUGACUAUCAGAGUAACGAAAACCGUAAGCUGCCAAAAAAAAAAAAAAAAAAAAAAAGAAGUUGUUCUCUGAGCAGUAUUUUCAACUGCGUUUUGUGGCUGCUUCUUGGGCUUCAAAUGCAGUUUUGCAGGGAAGUAUUCAGGUUGUAGUUAGUCGUGCAGGUAUGAGAGGAAUGGCUGAAAAAAAAAAACAAAACACAAAACUCAAAGACUUUUCUCGCAAGCGUUAGACCAAACAGACAAUAAAUAACCCACUGUGGUGACCUGUUGUACGUGAGACAAACCAUGGCAUCCGUUUGCAUCUCUGAAAGCAGCGAUUUCAUGAACCAGUUGCCUUAAGACUGUGAAUGAAUGUUGACUAUUAAAAAAAGUGUCUUGUAUUGUUCCAAAAAUCCACAUAGAAGGGGCAACUGAACUUCUGCACCAGCUUCUGGAGGAAGGGUUCUGAUGGUGUUCUGUACAGCCGUACUUAAACUGUAUUAUUUUGGCUCUUAAAACCCACAAAUUUAAAAAAUUUAAAAAAAAAAAACAAAAACAAAACCAACUUAUUAAAAUAAGUUAGUUUUAGUACAGCAUUAAAAUAACAUUUUGUGACAAAGGCAAAAAACUUAGCCACAGCUUUGAUCUCUUAGUAUUAAGAGUAUUUUCUGUAAGAUUUCAGUAAUUUUUUUUAUUUUUAUUUUUUAACCCACUUGGAGUGCUCUGCAAUCAAGUUUGGACUCCCCUGUGUUAUUCAGAUUUGGCCAGAGGGAUCAGACUGUCCUAGUUGGUUAUUUUGACACUUAUCAUCGUACUUGAAAUUUCAAGUGUGGAGUUUGCGUGGAUACACAUACGCUCUAUAUUUAGUUUCUAGAUUGUAACAAAGCAAUAUAGUUCUGUCCAUAAAGUCAGAUAAUGGAAUGUCUGUAAAAUUUGCAAUACGGGUAUUUGAUUGUAUUUUAAAUACAAGAGUUUAAAAACUAAAAAUAGGAAAGAAAAAAAAAAAAUACUUGUUUCCUAAAUCUCUUUUGCAUAUUUUUUGAAGUGCAGUUAGUGCAUGCAGGUCACCAGGGCUGUUGUAAACCCUGGGUUUCAAUUUUAUUCCUGGAUAUUAUAGAAGUUAACUAAAAAGUCUUUUUCCAGUUGGCCAUCCUGUUCAGCUAAAGAGAUGCUGCCUGGCCUGAAGUUCUGUUGUCCUUUUUAUGUCGGGUUAAAAACGGUUCUUUUGCCUGUAUAGGUAUUUUUUGAAUUAAGCUGUAAGGCAGGAUUGCCUUAGAUCCUAUAAAUUCAGCUGAGGUGUUAACGAUUAAAUUGCCAUUUGUAAACCAGGGCUGUGCGCAGAGUCCUUGUUAACAACCACCAGGAAGCGCGGCAGGCUCGGAAUGGGAGGUGGUAGCAAAAUGUACAAUAUUGCUGUGUUCAUUUAGGUGGCUUUGGAAGAGUAAUUUGUCUCUUUGUUUUGCCCUUUGGACCUUUAUUAAACAGCGAAGUUCUACGUGGAAGAAGCUCAACACCUGGAGACGUUUUGGUUGUCGGUGUUCGCAAAUCACUUUCUUACAGCAUGAUUUUGAUUAGACUGGUUGGGGACAAUAAAGUAUCUAAAUGACACCGGUGUGUGCUGAUGUUGCAGCUUUUGAAAUUUCAGUGUAUCCAAAAAGAGAAAAAAAAAAAAAAAAUAUAUAGUAGGUAUUACAAGUUCUGGAGACGUAAAUCCUCUGUUUUACAGGUUGUUUUUAACCUAAUAAACCACAGUACCGCACAGCCCUAUUUGUAAAACAGAAACAAGUUUGUGCCUCUGAUUUCCAAGGUGCUGUGAUGUUUUGCCUUUGUGGGGCGAGGAGGGGGCAGGUGAGACUGGCGUGGGGCAAUUGCUUCAGAAUCUCUGGGUAACUAUGCAAAACCAGCUGUCAGUUUUCUGUUUCACAUGGAAUUGUAAAAUCCCAGCUGACUCUCUUUUAUUUCCUUGUUAAAGGUCUACUGGGAACUCCUUAACAGAGGAGUAAGCAAUGGAAAUGUUUCUUUCUUUCUUUUUUCCUUCUUUUUUUUUUUUUCCUUAUGAUGGAGCUGUUUACACUUUGAUGCAAUGAACAAUCCAGCAAUACUUGAGAAACACUACAGAUACCAUAUGAGUGUUUGCAGGAGAGAGAAGUGUUGUCAAUCAGGUAUUGAAUGGUUUCUUUACUGUCACAAAUAAAAAAUUUUAACAAUAUAGUUACUUGUGCAUGUAAUACUUCUCUGGGAAAAAGAAAUAUUCUGCACUUCUUCAGUAAAAGGCACUACCCUAAUUUGUCAGGGACUUUAUUCCUGCUGAUGCACAUCCGUGUUAAAUCAUAAAAUCAUCCAUCUCUGUCCAAUCCUCUUCCCCCUCUCCUCUUUUUAAGUCGUGUGCAGGACUCCUCAGUGCCUGCCCUGGCACCUGCUUGUGCAAACAGAGCUGAUGAACUACUGAUGAACUCUGCUAAAUAAAUUGGUGGCGACUCUUACAGAUGUUCCAGCUAUUUAGAUCUCUCGGAUGAGAUCAUACAAUAAUUUGUUCAAGUCUCAAAGCUGUGUGACUUCUUUUGAAGGGCUUACUUCAGCUACUUGAAUAGCUGUUCUUAACAUCACUGCCAUAUCCACAUGAAUAUCUGAAUAAAACACUUUAUUUGGUUGGAAAAUCUAUUUUGGGACUUUUUAUCUGACACAAUAAGACUUAGGCAGAGCCUUCCUUUCUAGGAAAAGGCACAUAUUAUUGAUGCUUUAUGAGCAGAAAACCUCAGGCCUGUUGGAAUAAGCAGCUGGCUCAAGAUAGCACACUAGUUUUUCAAUUAAAAUUAUUUUUUAGUUAGUCCUGUGAUCAGUUGGAAUGACUAGACUGCCUUUACUUUGUACUGGUGAGUCAGGGGGUUGAUUUUUAAAAAUUUUAUUUUAGGUUUGUUUUAGGGGGGAGGGGGUUAUUUUGGGGAUUGUUUUUUAGUUGUACCAGUCUCCUUAGCUGCUACUUAGGAUAAAGAUGCCUUUCUUUUUUUUCCACUCAGUAAAACAAGUGUCUCAAAAUUCAUAAAACAGCUCAUUUAUAGCGGUGAGAAAGAUCCUUGUUGUCCUGUCCUGGCUGAUUAAAACCGAGCACACCAUGGCCUACAUACUUAAACACUAAAAACCCUCCCAUGUUUUUCCCCCCAUUUCAUUGUGUUUUUGACUCAGAAGGAGAGCCAACCACUCUGAAAUCCCCUGCAGGGUUGGGGGAAGGGCCUCUUCCAGGUGGGCUGCGCUCCAGGGGAUCCUGCAGUCUCCAGCAGUUUUCCUGGCAAGCGACCCUCGCCAUCCAGACUCCCCCUCAGCCCAGCUACGCUGGCAGGAGACCAGGCAGAGCUCCCUUGGACUGCUCUGGUUCUGCUGCAGCUACUGGUGAAUAAAUGAUCUGUAGGUAAUGCAUUGGUUUGGACAGGUUGGCAGGCUCAGACUUGGGAAGCUUCCCAGGAGGGUGGUGUUGGGAAGGGGCUGUGCUGAGGAGCGGGGUUGUCCGUAAUUGCCUGACCCCACUUCACUAGGCAUCUCUGAAGCAUAGGACACGCACAGAUGGGUUUGACUCUGCAGGGCAGGUCUCUGCACCUGCAGUUACACACCUUCCCAGAUUCAAAAGCAGUUAAAAGGGUUAGACUUGGUCAUUGCUUGGAUCAGCAGCAAACUGGAUUUGGGAGGCCCUGUGUCCGUGUCCUCGGUGGACCCGUCGUAGCUCCCACCGCUCUUGUGUGCGCACCCGACAGCCUUUAAUUUUGCAACAGCCCUUUGAUUCAGGGAUGUAAACACGCUUGAUCAGGAUGGAAAUUGCAGGAAAAUGCUGGACAAAGGCAGGCAGAGCAGCUGGCACCCGCCAGCCUUGGCCAUCGUCUCGGGCUGGACUCCAGCAAGGACGAGGCUGCUGCUGCUGCUUGAAGGCGGACGGAGGAGUCACCGCUCAGCCAGAAACACGUCACCCCCCCACAGAACCUCUGUUCUCCCAGAUAACGAGGGUGGAUCGUUUUGUCCCUACAAACUGCGAUGUCACCACCUCAGAAUUCCCGGCGUCUCAAUAAAUGUUGCACUCGGAGGCUCGGAGGAGUUGCUGGCUUGACAAUGGGUUGUUUUCUUUUGUCUGAUUUUAAUGAGCUUUUGUGAUGAAAACCAAAUUUCUUUACAGUGUAACCUUGUGAUUUUAUUUUUUUUUUCAUGCUUUGAUUCAGUUUGACAAUAAACUAUCUGUGUUAUUUUUUUCA